CUGCAUCUGAAUUGAUCCUUACACUAAUCUGAAUGAGCAUGAUGAGUGCUACCGACCUGUCAACCCACAUUAUUGACUCUGACGGCGAUGUGGUGAUCGUCUUACAGGAUCCCAACCGUGCGUUUGCGCCCUGGAAUGAGGCCGGAUCCCCGGAGAUGGCUCGUCCACCUUCGUCAUUAGGCACCGAUGAGGAUGAUGAGCAUGAGGGGAAUCCCAACGUUCACCGUAUCUUAGUAUCCGGAAAACAUCUAGCUCUCGCGUCAUCCUACUUCAAGAAGAUGCUCCGCGGGACGUGGAAAGAGACCACCUCUCACCUCCCCGCAGGCCGCAUGGAGAUAGCCGCAGAAGGUUGGGAUUUGGAAGCACUCUUGAUCGUCCUCAAGGCAUUGCACUGCCAAAACUCACAGAUCCCGAGGAGACUGAGCCUAGAGAUGAUCGCCAAGAUCGCGGUCGUGGCGGACUACUACCAAUGCAAGGAAGCGCUAGAAUUCUUCUCGCAGACUUGGCUCGAGUCGUUGGCCCAAGAGCCACCAAACACUUACUGCAGGGACCUCUUUCUGUGGAUCUGGAUCUCGUGGUUCUUCGGUCGCCAGAGUCAGUUCCGACAAACCACCUCGGCGGCGGCGUCGCGGAGCACCUCGCCUGUCGCCAGCCUCGGCUUACCAAUUCCUGGUGCAAUCAUUGGUCUCAUCAAUGAAAGGCGAACCACGGCCAUCGCCGCCAUUCUGCAGGGACUACACAGCACGCUGGAUCGGCUCCUCGACGCCCGCUAUUGUAGCUUCGAGUGCAAUGCCAUACUGUAUGGAGCUCCCAGUAAAAGGAUGCAUUCGAGCGGUCUGCUAUACCCCAGGCCCGUGGCGCCUUUUCUGGGUAUAAGUCAUCAAGAGCUUGUGCAGCAGGUGUUGUCCUUCGAACCCCCAAAGUGGUGGGCCGGGUCCUCGAGGUACGACGAUCGUCCACACAGAUGCUCCCAGUCUUCCUUCAAGCAUAUCCUGGGCAAUUUCAACUUUUUUAUCUCCGGACUGGAUCUUUCUAAGAUGGGAAGAUUGUGCACCCAUGAUGAGACGGACACCCUAGUGGGCUCAUAGCGCCGCAAUGAAUCCAAGCCAAAAAGGCCAAGUCGACAGUUCAACCAGAGGGAAGGUUAUUCAAGAAUCGUCAUAGUCUCAAACAGACUCCCCAAGGUGAUUGAUCGCAAAUUAUAGUUUUGUAGCUCGUGCAGCCUGGUUCUGGUAAGCCAGUGAGUGGCCCUUGACCGAGGGUGGGGGGGAAAGCCUGCAACCUACGGAGGCAAUCUACACUCCACUGGCCUUUUUUG